CCGACGACCAACCAAACCAAGCAGCUCAUAUUGUCUGUCUGUCCACAGAGACCUCUCUCUCUCUCCCUCUCUCUCUCUCUCUCUCUAUCUCUCUCUAACUUUUGUAGCUAAAUUCAGAAAUUAAGCUUUGUACCCAUAGAUCGUGCUUUUGCUUUGUGUCUCUGAACAACAACCAACUCAUCUUCUUGCUGUAAUAUUCUUUCUGUCAGAAUUUUGAAAGGGUGAACAAACAUGUCUGGUGGAACGCAGAACAGUUUGAGAAAAGCACUUGGUGCUCUUAAGGAUACCACAACAGUUUCAUUGGCUAAGGUCAAUAGUGGUUACAAGGAGUUGGACAUUGCUAUAGUUAGAGCCACGAAUCAUGUUGAACGUCCGGCUAAGGAAAAACACAUUCGAGCUAUAUUUUCAGCGAUCUCAGCUACGAGACCUAGGGCUGAUGUUGCCUAUUGCAUCCAUGCUCUCGCCAGGCGAUUAUCAAAGACGCAUAACUGGGCUGUUGCAUUGAAAACUUUAAUUGUCAUUCACCGUGCUCUGAGGGAGGUGGAUCCCACAUUUCACGAAGAACUCAUCAAUUAUGGGAGAAGUAGAAGUCAUAUGCUCAACAUGGCUCAUUUUAAGGAUGACUCAAGUCCAAAUGCAUGGGAUUAUUCUGCAUGGGUUCGUACUUAUGCAUUAUUUUUGGAGGAAAGGCUGGAAUGUUUUCGCGUGUUGAAGUAUGACAUUGAGGCAGAUCGUCCGAGGACCAAAGAUUUGGAUACUGCAGAAUUGCUAGAGCAGUUGCCAGCUUUACAACAACUUCUCUAUCGAGUUAUUAGUUGCCAGCCACAAGGGGCAGCUGUAAAUAAUUUUGUGAUUCAGUUGGCGCUCUCAUUGGUUGCUUCGGAAAGCAUUAAAAUUUAUCAAGCUAUUAGUGAUGGAACUGUUAAUAUGGUUGAUAAGUUUUUUGAAAUGCAACGCGGUGAUGCUCUGAAAGCUCUUGAUAUAUACAGAAGGGUUGGGAUGCAGGCUGAAAGACUGUCAGAGUUUUAUGAAAUAUGCCGUAAUCUUGAUAUUGGACGUGGAGAGAAGUUUAUUAAAGUUGAGCAGCCUCCAUCAUCGUUUAUGCAAGCCAUGGAAGACUAUGUCAAAGAUGCUCCCCAGGGAGUAAUAGUUCGCAAGGAUCAGGCCAUCGACAACAAAAUUGCCGCUCCAAAAGAAGUUUUGGCUAUUGAGUACAAUAAGGAACCUGAAGCGAAGGAAGAACGUCCACCCUCACCCCCUGCACAGCCUGAACCUGUGAAAGUGGAAACACCACCAGCAGUACAACCACAACCUGAUCUUUUGAAUAUGGAGGAUCCUCUUCCAGCUGCGGCAGAGUUGGAUGAGAAGAAUGCUUUGGCUUUAGCCAUCGUUCCCGUCGCUGAUCAACAACCUUCUGCUGUUUCAAAUCACGCAAAUGGAGCCACAGGGUGGGAACUGGCACUCGUUACAGCUCCUAGUUCAAAUGAGAGUGCUGCAGCAGCUAGCAAAUUGGCCGGAGGUUUGGACCUGCUUACACUGGACAGUCUAUAUGAUGACGCGCUCAGAAGAAACAACCAAAAUGUUAGCUAUAAUCCAUGGGAGCAAGCACCGGCGGGAGGCAUGAUGCAACCGACAAUGCACGAUCCAUUUUUUGCCUCCAAUACAAUGGCUGCUCCACAUUCUGUUCAAAUGGCAGCUAUGUCAAACCAGCAACAAGCUUUCAUGUAUCAACAGCAGCAGCAAAUGAUGAUGAUGGCUCCACAACAACAAUCUGCUAAUCCUUUCGGAAAUUCUUAUGGAGCCGCUGUUCACCCUUAUGGUUCUGGUAUGCCUGUUCAACCAUACAAUCCAUAUACAGGCCUCAUCUAGACGCGGAUACACGAAGAAUAGACACAUUUGUAUCAUAGGUUCUGUGUGCGAUAGAUAGCUAGAGUGAAAUUCUUUUUGAAUAAAUAUCGGAGGGGGGUUUUGGCUAUAUGAUUUUUUAUGUACAAGGUUAUUGAUAUCAAUUUCUAUUUAAUUUCAAACUGCUUAGAAUUUCUUUUAUCCUUGAUUGGUUACUGUUAACACAUUAGCAGGAAAAUUGUUCUUGAUGAAUUGAAUUGAAUUGUAUUGUUUUCAGUUUCCAUUCCCUGUAUAUGGUGGGAAAUAUAUUCAUUAUGUGUUUGUCAUGAAAAAUGAAAACUGAGUAAAUUUGGUGUAAGGAACAAUAAUUUUUUAUUCA